AAACUUAGCGAGGCAGGGAGGCCGCUCGUCCGUUUCUCCCUGAAAACCAGGGCCACCAUCCACAAAUUGGCAAGAGCACGUCGGUGGUGCCUCCGUCGACGUUAGCUGUUCAGCCUUGCUGACCAACCUCUCCUUAAAUCGCCUGUUAAUGCCCCCAAUUAAUUCCCAACGCCGCUCCUGCCGUCACCUUCUUCGAUCGAUCGCCUUCGUCGUCCCCCCACAUCCUUCUUGAUUGUUAUUUCUCCGACUCCCCGGCCGGCAGGUGGGACAUGAGCAACCAACCAACCAUGGCGGCGGCCCCCGUGCGCGCUUGGGUGCUGGUGCUGGCGCUGGCGCUGGCGUGCGGGCUGCUCCAGCUGCGGCCGUCCGACGCCGCGGCGCCAGCCCAGCCGGUUGCGGUGGCGGCAACGAUGGUGUCGUCGGGCGCCGCGAAGCCCAAGUGCGUGCCCGGCGCCAAGAACGACAAGGCGUGCCGCGUCGGUGCCGUGCACGACCCGGAGAACCAGGAGGAGGAGGGCUCCAGCGUCACCCUCAAGGCGCCCGCCGCCGCGCCCGACGACAGCGACGGCAGCGACUACAACGACCCCGACGAGCCCAACGACAACCAGCUCAUCGUCGUCGGCCACUGAAGCUGCCGCGCGCCGACCCAUGGAUCAUGCAUGGAGAUUCGACUGGGUGGAUGGAGUGGACCGGCCGGUUAACGGAUCUCUCGGUGCUAAUUCGUGAUCUUGACCGGUGGAAGCAGAUGGGGCUUGCAUGUUUGUUUCGUUCUUGCAUUGAUUGUUCGUUGUUAACUAGUGUAUGAUGAAUCGGUCGUUAACGCUUAUUAAUCACCAAGUGUGUGCUGUGACUGUGAACUUGCCAGGGAGCGAUCCUAUCUCAAGAUUAGGUUUGAUCAAAUUUAAAACAACGAACAUCAACGGUUGUUACA